AUGCAUGAAGCUAAAAAUGGAGAAUUGAUGUGGUUAAGUCAACAACUUGAUCCAUUUAUUAAAACAAAUUCAGAAGAAAUUUUAUUACCAUCAAUCGAUUCAUCAUAUUCAUUAUUUGAAUUUGAUUCAUCAAAUGGUGAAUUUAAAAAAUUUAGUUAUUCCAUUAAAAAUAUUUUUGAGAAUAGUCCAUUUGUUUUAUACAAUAAAGAAUAUAUUACUUAUCGAUUUAUUCAUCGAUAUGGAUUUGAUUUAGAUUCAGGAAUGAUUUGUAAAGACAAUUGUAGUUCGUAUUUAGGAAUUAAAGAUAUGUUACCUUUUGUAGUUACACAAUAUCAAAUAUCAUCAAUUGAAAGAGAUGGAAUAGUUAAUAAAUUUACAAUAUCAUUAUACGAUUUAGAAGUACCAAAGAAUAAUAGUAAUGUUCUUCGAUUUGAUAUUAACACACAACGAUUAGAAUUAUAUGACUCAAUUCAUUUUUUAACUUUAUGGAGUCAAUCUAUUAGUUUUAUUCCAAUGAAAGCUUUUAUUUAUCAUCGUAGAAGUAAUUUUUUAGAAGUGAUAAACAUUCAUUAUUCAUCAAUACAAAAUCAACAAAUUUAUUUAGGAAAUUUUGCUUAUGACAAUCAACAACAAGUUUAUUCUAUUGUUCCAGAUUAUCUUAAUGUUUGUUUUGAUACAGAAAAUGAAGUUACGAAUCAAAAGAAUAUGGAUAGAAAAAAUAAAAUGAGAUUUAGUGCAAUUUAUAUUGAUUCAUUAGAACAAGUAAAUGAUCAAACAAUAACUUCUAAAGAAUUUAAAUCAAUAACAAAAGAUGAAUUUAAUAAAUAUGAAGAUAUACAAAGUUAUAUUAAAGAAUUAAAACAAAACUCUACAAAAAUGAAAAGAAAAGAAGAUAUCCAACAAAAUAGUGAAACAACAUUUAUAUUAAUUCUUUCAUUAAUCACUGUGAUACUUGGAUUUAUUGUUGUUGUAAUGCUUGUUUAUAUUAAUUAUAUUCAAAAAGGAAUUAAUUCAUCUUCUCUUUCAAUUCAUAUGACACCAACUAAAUAUAUUCCUAAAGAUAUGAAUUAUAUUGGAGAACAAUUUAGUUGUUCUAAAAAAGUACUAGGACAUGGUAGUUUAGGAACAAUUGUAUUUGAAGGAACAGCAAAUGGAAGAAAAGUAGCAGUAAAAAGAAUGGUAAAAGAAUUUUAUUCAUUUGCUGAUAAUGAAAUGAAGAUUAUUAAUAUGACAGAUGAAAAACCACAUCUUGUUCGUUAUUAUGGUAGUUUUGAAGAUGAUAAUUUUGUGUAUUUGGCUAUCACAUUUUGUCCAUAUACUCUUGAUGAUUAUUUAAUUAAAUUAGAAGAAAUCGAAAAUGAAAAAGUUAAUGAAGAAAAAAAAGAAAAUAAUAAUUCAAAAAGAUUAAUGAAAUUAAAUAAAGAACGUGUUAGAUUAAUGAAAGAAUGUGCAAUUGGAGUUUAUUAUUUACAUUCAUUAGGAAUUGUACAUCGAGAUAUUAAACCAUUAAAUGUUUUAAUUGAUGAGAAUAGAGGGAUUAGAAUAACUGAUUUUGGAUUAGCAAAAAAAUUAGAUCCAUCUACAUCAUCUUUUAGUAAUUCUACUACUAAAGGAAGUAUUGGAUGGCAAGCACCAGAAAUGUUAGAUGAUAGUCCAAGAUUAUCAAAAGCAGUUGAUAUAUUUACAUUAGGAUGUUUAUUUUAUUAUAUUGCAACAAGAAAACAUCCAUACGGAGAUUCUCUUGUUAGACAAAAUAAUAUUUUAAAAGGAAUUUGUAUUAAAACAGAGUGUAGUUUUGAUAAUUUAUAUCAAAGUGAAUUUAUUGCAUGUUUUAAUGGAAUGAAUAAAAAAGUUCCAAAUGAAAGAAUUACUAUUGAAGAAGUACUUAGUCAUCCAUUAUUUUGGAAUUGUAAAAAACGAUUAGAAUUUAUUCAAAAAGUUUCUGAUAUUAUUAUUGCUGAUAAAAAUUAUACUAUUUCUAAAAGGCUUGAUAGUGCUGGUGUUGCUAUUCAAUGGGACAAAGAACUUUCUCCAAUUAUUUUACAGACAAUAAAUAAAUACCGUAUUUAUGAUUUUAAUCAUACAAUUGAUCUUCUUCGUGUAAUUAGAAAUGAGUCUCAUCAUUAUUAUACCCUUCCUCAAGAAGAAAAAGAUUUAUAUGGUACUUUCCCUGAUGGAUUUUAUGAAUAUUUCCAUUUUAAAUUUCCUUCUUUAUUUACUGUAUUAUAUUCAUUUAUAAAAGAAUUCUAUUCUCAUAGUGAUUCAUUAUCAGAAUUCUUUACUCCAGAUCUUUAA